CCUACAAAUUAAGCUAAGAGAUGCUUCUGGAAACACUUCCUCUCUCUAGACUCUAGUCUCUCCUCCCGCCUCAUCAAGGCAGUCACACUUACGCCAAAAGAGAAAGGUCGUCAAGGUGGACUCCUUCUUUCAGAUCUGCUCUUUUUUCUCGCAUCUCUUACCUCUUCGCCCACUCGUUUGCUCCAUCUUACAGGUUUUCCUCCAUAUCAUUUUUGGAUUUUGGUCAGUAUCUAUCUAGGACCUGCUUCAUCAACCUCCUUCUUGCACAAGAUGUACUUCCUGCAUCUUCAUACCAAAAUGCAGGUUUUGAGCUGGUUUUUGUGUCCAAAUGGAUGCCAAGAAGUUCAUUCAGCUGGUCGAAGAAAAGAAAAAGCGAGUCAUGGAGAGAAAAGAAGCCCCGCUGAAAUGGGAGCAGAGAUUAGAAGCUGCUGCAAAAGCAAAAGCUGAUGCUGAAGCCAAAGAAAGGACGGCAAAGUUGGAUAAAAAGAAUAAAAGAAAACAAAUAUCUGAUUCUGAUAGUGGAAGUGCGUCCGACGGCAGUCAUGAGGGCAGAAAGUCAAGAAAAAGAUUUCAGAAGAAGCAUAGAAAGCAUUCCCAUUUUGAGUCUGGGGAGGAGAAGGCGAAGAAGUCCAGGCGUAAGUCAAAGAGACCCUCAUCAGAGUCAACUGACAGCAGUAAUGAUUUUGAUAGUAGCUUUGAAGAAGACAAGAGGAGAAGGAAGCGAUCUCAGAGAAAGCAUGCUCGGCAUCAUUUAAGAACUGAAGAUUCCAGUUCUGGCUCCUCUGGUGAAGAUGCUGCUGAAAGGCGAUCUCACAAAAGGCACCAAAAACGCCACAAGAGGCAAGAUACUGAUUCCUCUGAUUACUCUGAGGAGGAGGAUCGGAGAAGAAGCCGUUCCAAGCACCAGAAGCAUCAUCGUAGAUCCAGGUCUAAUGACUCAGAUUUUUCUAGUGAUGAUAGAUCUUUGGAAAGGAGAAUUCAUCGGAGGUCCCAUAAACGACACAGAAGACGGAACAGCACCGAUUCUUUGGAUUCUGAUAGCCAUAGACAUGAUAGAAGAAGCCGAUCUUUAGAAAAAUCCUCUGAUGAUUCUGACAGAUCUGGCAAGCAAAGAAUUCAAAUUAAAGUUGACCACCACCACCAUUCCCAGGAUCACUAUCGCAAGCAUGCGAACCAUCGCUGCAAGAUAGAACUUGCUGCAUCAGGUAGUCAACCAUCAGAAGCAAAUGGAUAUCUUCCGCAGCAUGGAGAUGCCAAAAUUAAUGGCCAUGUCAAUGGCUACAGCACAAAGCUAGAAGUUGGCAAGGAGGUGAAGGGCCAAGUUAUCAAUGGAGGUGGUGCUGACUCAGGCGACUGUGUCUGAUGACUAAAUUCUUAUAUGAACGAACUUGACUAUUGUAUUGUUUAAGCAUUAUCGUUGGUUGUUAAGUUAUUUGUCAUAGAAAGUCAUCACUCGUCUUCAUCUUGGUUCUGAAACAAUCUUAACCUUCGACAAGUAAUGAUCUUGCUUUAUAUUCCUUUAUUUGGGUUCAUUGUCAAUUGUACAUUUGGCAUCAAUUUGAUUAGCUUAUUCUGGCUAAUUCUAGUCCAGUAAGUCGUUUCAAUGAAUUUGAUUUCUUUA